AUGGCUUCAACCACUGCAUCUACUGCCCCAACAACAACUGCAGCACAAACAACCACAACUGCAGCAACAACAACUGCUCCACCAACAACCACAACUAUUGCUUCAACUACUAGACCUACUGCCUCUACAAUUGCAGCACAAACAACUACUACUGCAGCAACAACAACAACCACAACUGCUCCACCAACAACCACAACUAUGGCUUCAACCACUACAUCUACUGCCCCAACAACAACUGCAGCACCAACAACCACUGUUAUAGCAACAACAACUGCUCCACCAAAAACCACAACUAUGGCUUCAAGUGUUACCUCUACUUCCUCUACAACUGCAGCACCAACAACUACUACUGCAGCAACAACAACCACAACUGCUCCACCAACAACCACAACUAUGGCUUCUACCAUUACAUCUACUGCCCCAACAACAACUGCAGCACCAACAACCACUGUUACAGCAACAACAACUGCUCCACCAAAAACCACAACUAUAGCUUCAACUAUUACCUCUACUUCCUCUACAACUGCAACAACAGCAACUACUACUGCAGCAACAACAACUAUAUCUGCACCACCAACAACCACAACUGUUGCACCAACAACAACUAUGGCUUCAACCACUACUUCUACUGACCCCACAGCAACUGCAGUACCAACAACCACUACUGCAGCAACAACCACUAUAACUGCUCCACAAACAACCACAACUGGACAUCCAACUACCACAACCAUGGCUUCAACCACUAUAUCUACUGCCCCCACAACAACUAUAGCACCAACAACGACUGCUAAGGCAACCGCAACCGCAACCACAACGCCACCACCAACAACAACAACUGCUCCACAAACAACCACAACUGCACCACCAACCACCACAACCAUGGCUUCAUCCACUACAUCUACUGCCUCCACAGCAACUACAGCACCAACAACGACUACUGAAGAAACUGCAACCACAACUUUGGCACAAACAACCACAACUGCUCCACCAGCAACCACAACUAUCGCUUCAACCUCUACAUCUGCUACCCCUACAACAACUGCAGCAACAACAUCCGCUCCACCAACAACCAAAACUAUGGCUUUAAUUACUACAGAUUCUGCCCCCACAACUGCAGCACUAACAACCAGUACUGCAACAACAACUGCUGUACCAACAACAACUAUGGCUUCAACCACUAAAUCUGCUGCCACCACAACUGGAGCACCAACAACCACUACUGCAGCAACAACAACCACAACUGCUCCGUCAACAACCACAACUAUGGCUUCAGCUACUACAUCUACUGCCCCCACAACUGCAAUGACAACAACCACUACUGCAGCAACAACUGCUCCACCAACAACCACAACAAUGGCUUCAACCACUACAUCUACUGCCCCCACAACAACUGCAGCACCAACAACUACUACUGCAGGAACUACUGCAGCAACAACAACCACAACGACUCCACUAACAACCACAACUAUGGAUUCAACCACUAGAUCUAGUGUUCCUACAACAACUGCAUCAACAACAACGACAACUGCUCCACCAACACCCACAACUAUGGCUCAAACCACUACAUCUACUGUCCCCUCAACUGCAGCCCCAAUGACCACUACUGAAGCAACAACAACCACAACUGCUCCACCAUCAACCACAACUAUGGCUUCAACCACUACAUCUACUGCCCCCACAACAACUGCAGAAACAACAACCACAACCGCAGCACCAACCACUACAACCGUGGCUCCGACAACCACAACCUCCUCCACCCCGACUUUGUCUCCGACCACCACAACCGCAGCAAAAACCACCACAACUGUGGCUCCAACAACCACAACUGCUGCUCCCUCUACCACAACUUCGGCUCCAACAACCACAACUGCUUCUCCCUCAACCACAACUUCAGCUCCGGCAACAACCUUCAACAACAAAAACUGCAGCAUUAACCACCACAGCCAUGGCUCCUACCACCACAACUGCUCAACCAACCACCACAACAAUAACUCCAUCAACAACAACUGCUCAACUGUCCACCACAACUCUGACAACCGCAACUACUGCCCCAACAACAAAAUCUACAACGACUACUACAACCAUAAAGCCAACCACAAAAACUACAACAAAAUCUACACAGACUUCUACAACCAUAAAGCCGACCACACAAACUACAACAAAAUCUACACUGACUACUACAAACAUAAAGCCAACCGCAAAAACGACAACAAAAUCUACACCGACUUCUACAACCAUAAAGCUAACCACAAAAACUACAACAAAAUCUACACCGACUUCUACAACCAUAAAGCCCACCGCAAAAACGACAACAAAAUCUACAACGACUACUACAACCAAAAAGCCAACCACGACAACUACAACAAAAUCUACACCAACUACUACAAUCAUAAAGCCAAUCACAAAACCUACAGCUGCUACUAG